GCAAGGAAAGCACACGAAAUGAAUGAGGCAAUGCGUGCGAGGCCGCCGCCAGAGAAACAAGCUAGAAGAGCACAACUUGAGCUGCAAGCGAGCCAAGGCGGGCAGUAACCCCCCUCCACUGCUAACCUUCACCACCGACGCAUGCAAAUAUUCGCAUCCCAUCCCCUCUCCUAUCGUUGGCUUUGAUGCAUGAUAUAUAUCUGUAUAUGCGACGGUACGACGAAAGAACACGGAGAUCAACCGAUAACCCAUCAUUUCCCAUCCAGAAAAAUAGCAGCUAGAGAUCGGACGGGGACAAGCAACCAGCAGAUCGUGCGUCGCAGACUAGACCAGCUUCUUCUUCCUUCAUUCCUAGCUAGACGACGACGUUUGUUGGAUCCGAUCGAUCCAUGAACGGUAGCGGUAACAGGAGGAUGAGCGAGAUCGUCUUCUUCGACGUUGAGACGACGGCGCCAUCGCCGGCGGGCCGGUGGUGGCUGCUCGAGUUCGGCGCCAUCCUCGUGUGCCCCAGGAAGCUCGUCGAGGUGGCCAGCUACGAGACGCUCAUCCGCCCGGGGGACCUCUCGGCCGUCUCCAGGCGCUUCACGGACGUCGAGGCCAUUGCCUCCGCGCCCACCUUCCGGGAGGUGGCCGACAAGAUAUUCGACAUCCUCGACGGCCGCGUGUGGGCCGGCCACAACAUCCAGCGCUUCGACUGCCCGCGCCUCCGGGAGGCGUUCGCCGACAUCGGCCGCCCGGCCCCGGAGCCCGCCGGCGUGAUCGACUCCCUCAACGUGCUGGCCGCCGAGUUCGGCCGCCGCGCCGGCGACCUCAAGAUGGCCACCCUGGCGACCUACUUCGGCAUCGGCACGCAGAAGCACCGCAGCCUGGACGACGCGCGCAUGAACCUCGAGGUGCUCAAGCACUGCGCCACCGUCCUGCUGCUCGAGUCCAGCCUGCCGCAGGCGAUGCAGCUGGCCGGCCGCGACGGCGCCGUCACCAGGAGGAGCUCCACCGCCUCCGCUCAUCACCGGCCCGCCGCCAUGUCGCAGACCAAGCUACCCUUCGCCCCUGCUGUGAAGGCCGUGCCGGCGCCGGCGGCUGGCACUGCUCAGAAGAGCGGCGGCAAGCGGGAUAGCCUGGGCAAGCCAGUGGGGAGGGCCAACGCCACCAGCAAUAAGCCAGCGCCAGAAGCUGCUGCUCCAGCAGCAUUGAGCGCUCGGCCACCCAGGCGCCCAACGGCGGCGACGCCCUUCCACAUGAUCCUCAGGCACUCCAGGGCCAUCCUCAGAUGAUGCUCUACUGCAUGAUGCUUGCAAGCGUGCUGUGUGCUUGCAUUGGAGAAAACAUGGAGCUGACAGAUUUGAGCUCGGUCCAUCUUUUCCCCAGCUCGCAGUCGCAGCAUACUAAAUCGAAGAUCGAUUAUCGACUAAUUGGAUUCAUUUGUACAGAUCAUUGAUUCGUUUCAUCUAAGCACCUGAUUCAGUUACCUGUUCUGGUUCAUGUGUAUGUAUAUGCAAGCAGCAAGCUAGUUGAAUGACUCAGAUUUAGGUUGAUGUUCUUGUGUUGAUUCAUUUGUAAAUUGACAUGGCACGCCAUUCUUUAUUCCAUUUGUAAAUCUCUUCCCAUGUCCAGCACCAUUGGCUGGUGUAAAUUAUGUACAACUAUAUUGUUGCCAAUGCUCUCUGCUUA